GCUACGUGCAUUGAUGGGAUCAGCAAAACCGAUCCGCUAGGAAAUGAAAAUAUACAUACUACACGUGUGUGUAUGUCUGUGAGUGUGUGCGUGUGUGAGUCCUCGGGUGCGUUGCUCUCUCUCUCUCUCUCUCUCUCUCUCUCUCUCUCUCUCUCUCUCUCUCUCUCUCUCUCUCUCGCGCGCGCGCGCGCGCGGCUAGCCACGUGGCUGGCCAUUUUUCUUUUGUUUUUUCAUAGGAGAUGGCUAUGGCAGGAUCUUUGUCACGUUGUUUGGGGGAGGACGAGCGGGAGGAGGAGCGGGAGGAGCGGGAGCAGCGGGAGGAGCGGGAGGAGCGGGAGGAGGGAUGGGAAAAGGAGCGGGGAAAGGAGGAGUGGGAGGAGGUGCGGGAGGGGAAUUGCAAAGGGGCGGAGGAGCCGCGGGGGGAGGGAUGGGAAAAGGAGCGGGAAAAGGAGGAGUGGGAGGAGGUGCGGGAGGGGAAUUGCGAAGGGGCGGAGGAGCCGCGGGAGGCGGAGCUGGAGAAGGAGGAGCGGCAGGGGGAAAGGGAAGGGGGUUGGGAGCGGGAGAAGGAGCACGAGGAGAAACGGGAAGGGGCGGAGGAGGCGCGGCAGGAGGGGCGAUUUUUUUCAUAGGAGAUGGCUAUGGCGGGAUCUUUGUCACGU